AGUGUAGAUAUACAUAUUCUAAUUUGCAUGAGUUUCAAUUAUAAAUUCAACUCAAGUCCAACCGAGGAUGAAGUGAAGCUCCAUUCAUCCUUGUUGAUUGCAAAUCAUUCAACGCGUGGUCAACACAGCAGCAAGUAUCGCGUGAAGCCAACCUAUUCCCUCGCUCCUCUCCUCAUCGGCUCUUCCGCUACUCCACCCUCGUUUCUCGCAAAGACAUCUAAAACGCAAAACAGAGAGGGAAAGCAAAAGAUCAAAUCUAUCGCGAUGACCGAUCAACCCCGUAUCGUCAUCAUCAACAAUAUACGGACGACGUCUCAACUCAUCAAACAAGCCGCCGCCUCCUUCUCCGCCAAUCUCUUCACCUUCCUCUUCCUCUCCCUCCUCCUCUUUUCCUUCCGCUCCCUCGUCGAGAAUGGAACCCACGUCCUCACCACCUUCAUCGACCGCGACCCUUCUCUUAAAUCCCUUCUCUCCCGUCUCGACAUCGCCGGCCACCACCUCCACCCCCCACACCACCGCAUUCACCGCCCCCCUCCUCGCCGCCACCGCCGCCCCUUCCUCCAUCUCACCCGCGUCGGAACCCUAGAUGACGAUUUCUUCUCCGGCGAUGACGAUACCGAUCGUCCCCUCUUUGGUCCUAACCGUAAGCUUCUUCCCAAUGGUAGCUUUGUAAUUCUUUACAACUUUGAUUCUGGGCUGGGAUUUUCCGAGUUUGUCAUCGAUAACGGGAUCAAGAUUGCUGAAACUGUUCGUUCUGGGGUUCAAUUCAAGGUGGAGAGUCUUGAUAGUAGCGAUAGGGAAACUAGUGAUUAUAGUGACAAUGAGAACGAAAAGGAAGAGGAAAAUGGAUCGGUGGGUUUAGAGAAAGGUGGAGAUUUGGACAGGAUAGUAGAUUUGCAGUUCUUUAUUAAGGGAUUGGAGCUAGGCCGGCGUGACGCUGCUGCUUUGUUUUUUCUAAUAAGUUUCUUAUCUGUUGCUUAUGGGUGGGUGAUUCUUGGGUUUACUGCUAUAUAUUCGUGGAUAUUGGGCAUUGUUUUUGUUGCUGUUGUUAAUGAUUUGUUGGGGAGGUUCACUUCAUUCGUUGCUGUUGUUUGGGAUGGGUCUAGAUUGGGGCUGAAACGACUCACAGGGUUUAUCCUCAUGAGAUGGGCGGUUAGGGAUGCUUUGACUCAGCUUAUAGGGUUGUGGUAUUUUGGUGAAAUUGAGGACCAAUACUCGUUUUUCAAGCUAUUUGUGAGGUUGAAAUUGAUGCCAUUUUCUAUUACGUCCCCGUGGGUUCGAGGGUUUGAAAAAGAAAUUUCAGGGUUUUUGUUUACUUGGUUUUUGUUGGAUGCAUUUGUGGCGUUUAUAUUUGCAGUGGAUGCAUGGGUUACCAUUGUGGAUUCCAGAAGGACGGGGAGAGAGAUUGUUAAAGAAGGUUGUUAUUUGAUAUCAACUAUGUUUAACCAGGCUAUCCAAAUAAAAUCUAUGGAAACAAUACUCUGUGGUUCAGCAGCAAGAUGGGUCUUAACUCGGGUUUUUGGCAAGUUUUUGGCUGCAAUUUUUCAGUCAACUGUGGAGGUUUACUUUAUGGUAGCUUGGUUGAUAUUUUACUUUGCUGCAAGAUGUAAGGAAGCUCAUUCAGAGGGAAGGAGGUUUGGGAGAAGAGAACUGGAGGGAUUGAUUGAUGGGCGUAGAUGAUAUUCACUGGUGAUGACUGAUGAGAGAUGAUACUUGCUGGCAACAUCAGCUGUAGCGCAAAAAUAGCGUGUGAUGAUCUUUCAGUGCUUUCUUUGUUCCUGUUUUUAGCAGCUUCAGUCAGUCAGCACUGUCAUUGGUAGGUGUAGUCAACAGCAAUGUAUUGUAUGUGGUUGUGUCACGAGGCAAUAUUAUUACUUGUGUAUAUUUUCCACGAUAAUGCUUCAUGUGCAUAUUUUGUUCCGAUCAUUGUUCUUAAUCCUAUCACGAUUUAGAUUGAGAAAGGUAUUGAUUGAUAUCCA